AUGACUGACAGAGCAUCUCAAUUGAGACACAACAGGGUAACACAACACGCUUCUGUGCAGAGAGAAAGGAGUCAGGCAACCCAGCCUCCUCUUGCAUCUAGACAGGCCGUACCGAAUGCACCAGCUACAACUUUAUCUUCCAAUGUUCCUCCUACUACUCCGGCCUCCCACAGCAGACGAGAUUCUCCAGUCCAUCCUUCUCCAUCACCGUCCUCCCGCGGACGCACCUCUCCACCUUCAGCAUUUGAGGCAGGAGAGGCCUCAGGUUCUCAGGCGACACUUGAGGUACCAGAGGCCCAGUCUCAGCCUCAGUCAGAGCCUCAAUCCCAACCUCCAUCACAUACCCAGACGACACCAAAGGCGGCUCGUGCACCACCUGCACCGCGAGCACCUAUACAGCCUGCGGCGCCUCAGGCUUUUGGAGUUGGACCGUUUGAUUUAUCCUUUCUUCCUCUUUAUCCUGACCAUGUUGCUAGACGUAUAUGGGAGGGACAUGAUCGUGAUACACUCAAGGUCAUUAGCCAUGGGCGGAAGAUCAGUAGACUGGUACCCUCUAUAGAGCCAUGGUUUGAUGAGCUUUUAGAGCCUACUGGGUUGAAAGAUUUGGCCCUGUGUGGAUACAACGUGGCCAACUAG